AUGCAGGUCAAACUGGCCGUUGUGUGGCAUCUCGCGGCCGCAGCCAUGGCAGCGCCCCGAGACAUCGUGUCGCGAGGUGGAGGCAGCAGUCCCGACCUGCCAGCGGCGGCGUCGGCGUGGGAUAACUUCACCGUCGUGCCCGUGACGUGGGACGUCAAGGCGACGCCCCGCGGGGAGACGCUGCGGCUCGAGGGGACGGCGCAGGAGGUGUACCGUCGGCUGGUGGAGAUGAAUCCGGCCUACGACGAUGACUUUGCCGGCUCCGAGUACGACUCCGGGGAUGGCGACGGCGACGGCGCGGGACGGCGGCAUCUCGAGCGGCGCACCGACUUCAGCACCUCCAACUUCAUCUGCUCGGACAAGAAGGAGCCGUACGGGCCGUUUGGGCGCGCGUCGUCCACGUCGUACUGGGAGGCCCUCGGGUACCUCGCGGGGCUCAAGGGCGCGCCCACGCUGUCUGCCGGGCCGAGGGUGUGCGGGCGGGUGAGCUGCAGCUACAACGGCGCCGUCUACGUUUGCAACGACACCCCGGCGCCCAAGACGUUGAAGGAGUGGGGCUCGGUCAGGGACGGCCUCGUCGCGAUUCACGGAAAGUGCUCGAUGAUGUAUCCGGCCUGGAUGAUGGGGGGGGCAGGUCUUUCACCCGACGAACUGGAACGUCAUUUAUCGAAACGAGAAUUGCUGAGGGCGACGUCGAUUUUAAGAAUGUGA